AUGGAAAAUUAUGACAAGUGGGAUCACUCCAAUUGCAUGAGUCAUAUGAUCAUAAACCACAGCAUUCCAGAGGCAUUUAGGGGUACUAUAUGUGAAGAAAUAACAAGUGCCAACGAUUUCCUUCCAGAAAUUGAAAAGCGCUUUGCUGAAAGCGAUAAAGUGGAAACAAGCACACUUCUUCAAAGCUUGAUUUCUAUAAAGUAUAAAGGCAAAGGAAACAUAAGAAAGUAUAUUAUAGAAAUGUCUAAUAUUGCUUCCAACAAACUUAAGGCACAAAAGCUUGAGUUAUCAGAUGACUUACUCGUGCAUUUGGUGUUAAUACAUCUUCUCGCACAAUUUGGUCAAUUGAAGAUAAACUACAAUUGGCAAAAGGAGAGAGAGAGUACAAAGUGGACAAAUCUUUAUAGAAAAUUUAAGGACAAACUCCAUGAUGGCGGACCCUAUGACAAUGGGGCUUCCAUGCAAGGCCUUUCAUGA